UUCAACGCGCGUAGCAUGCAUUGUCGAAUUUCUCGUUGAAAUCCACAAAAAACGGAUAUUUUCCAAAUCCGAUUACGGUACGUCUUAGUGCGAGUUUCGAACAGUAUACCGAGCGAUUUUCGCGAAAAUCCGAGUUGGAUAAGCCGUUCAAAUCGCGAUAGAAAUCGGGGAAUAUUUUAACAUGUAUUCGGUGGUAUCUCUAUGUAGGCGAUCCGACGUUGCCAGCUGAAGCGACGAUGUAUUUCGCGACGUUGCCGGCUCUCCCUUCGGAUUUUUAGAGUAAUGUGCCACGGAUUGCUUGGAUAGUGACAGGGAACAGCGCAAGUCUGAGAUUGGAGGAUGCCGUACAGAUUCGACAAGAUGAGGAGCAAGAGGAAAGUCCCCGUUAAGGAUUUGAACCCAAUGCUCACGUGUUCGCUCUGCGAGGGUUAUCUGAUCGACGCUACAGUGUUGGCCGAUUGUCUACAUGUCUUUUGCCGGGGAUGCAUAAUCAAGUAUUUCGACAACUGCAGGACGGCCUGCCCGAACUGCAACAUAAUCUACAAGAAGAAGAACCAGAUAUGCUUCAGAUCCGACCCGAUACUCCAAUCCUUAGUCUACAAACUCGUGCCCAAUCUCCACUCUCGAGAGAUGCAGACGAGGGAGGAUUUUUACAGGAGUACCGGCGUCAGAGCUAGCAGUUCCUGCAGCGACGACAGCGUCAUAGACAAGGAGAGGGACAACCUCAAGGACCAAGAGGCAAUGGUGAGUUUCUCUUUCCGCGAACCGAGAAAAACCGAGAAUGAACGGGAGGAAGAAACGCCUGAAAAAAUUGACAUUUUACAGGUAACCUCCAACGUUGGAGAAAAACUAGAUUUCUUCAGCACGGAGGACAUGAUCUCGCUGUCCAUCGAGUACUACCAGUCCCAUCUGGACGACACUCCCGUCGACGGUAACGAACACGCGGUGAAAAACACAGUUUUAAAUGGCGACGAUGGUAAAACGAAAGACGUUAAAAGUGCGGGAAAAGACGAUAGUGAAAUUAGAGACGCAACGCAGGUUGUGAAUAGUGAAAAAGUAGAUUUGGCCGAAGUUAAGACGGAGGAGGAAAGUGAUAGUGCGGUUAAAAGUGAACCUACUGGUGAUGGUAAAGACGGUGAACCCAGCGAGGAGCACAGGAUGGACGGAAAAAGGUAUUUGAAGUGUCCUGCCGCAGUGUCUAUGCAACUCCUCCAGAAGUUCGUCAGGAUGAAGUUUGGACUCACGUUGAAUCACAGGGUGGACAUAAUCUACAGAGGAGAAGUCCUCCCGGAUUAUUUCACCCUUAUCGACGUCGCCUACACCUUCAAAUGGACAAGGGAAAAACCCAUGAGGUUCUUCUACCGCAUCUUCAGUCCCAUGAAGAUAAAACCGAUAAGGAUAAUCAACACCACCUCAACCUCCGGCGCCAAACAACUCCAAAUAGUACAAGUAGACGAAAAACCAAAAAUCGACAAAGUCCAGGAGAAACCACCGGAGAACCCCCCCGCUCCCAAACCCGAAACCCCCAAGACUCAAACGGAGGAGGGGAAGAGUUCCGACAAGGAGACCCUGAUGGCGAACCUCCAAUUACAAAGCACGAAAAAGAACAAACCUAAGAGUCCCGAGAAAGAAAAAUCGGAAAAAGAAUCGGUAUGCGUGUACGAGUACGUAGAACCCGACAAGGAAGAGAUUAAACGUUUCGCGGAGAAAAGAGACAGGGAAUGGGCCCUCCAGAAGAAACUGGACGAGCGAAACGGCGACUAUUACGUCAGCAAGAAACGGAAGAAGUCGAAACAUUCCAAAAACGAAUCGGUUCACAAGAAACGGAAACUACACGCUGAGAUCACCUCGAAUGAAGAGGAAGAUUUAAAACUCAAGGUCAAGAUAACGCCGCAUAACAGCCACAAACACAAACACCACAGGAACUACGCGGACAAGACGUACGAGAUCAGCAACAAGGAAAAACUGUUGCAAAUGAGACAGGUCAGACACAAACACAUCAGCAGCGAAGAUAAAACUGUACAGACCCAACCAACGACCAACAACUUGACCAAACAGUCCAUCGUCGAUAGGAUACAGGAAAAAUUGAAGAUGAACAAGGAAAAAGAGUUGGAAAAGAAGAAAGAGAGCGAGAACAAACAGGUUAGAUUCGUUGAACCGGAGAAGGUCGAACCGACGAACGAGAAAAAGACCGAAAUCAAAAACAUAACGAUUAACCUGGUGAACAACGCCAAAGAUGGGAAGAAACCCUGCGUGCAGAUCGUGAACAAGGAGGGUAGACCGACGGUUAAAGAGUGGGGGGCCACGGAAAAACCCCAACCGGUGUUCAAACUAGAAAGGUCGGAGAGUGAAAAACAGAAGACUUUCCUCAAAUCUUUCCAGUCCUACACUGAGAAAUACAACAUAGAGAAGAUCAAGCUGAACACGAUGGAAGCGAAGCGUAAGCAGAACAUGGCAAAGAUGAACAACUCCCAGCCGCCGAUCACUAUAGAAAGAAAGAUCAGCACUCCCCCAGCUGGUACCUCCAAAACCGAGAAAAUAGACGAAACCACAUCCAAACUCCUCCACAAAUACCCCCCUGGUUUCACCGUUAGCAAAAUCGAAGCCGGUUUCAAACGGAAAGCUGAGAACGAUGGGGACAUGCCGGAUAAAAGACCUAGUUUGGAGAUAACCUUGAUACCUCCCACCUCCCAAUCCCAACUGGUCGCCAACAACAGAACGCCGACGGAAAAAGUGGCGCAGAAGAGACCCCUACCUUCCACCAUACCACUGGAUAGGAUACGAAAAAGUAUAAACCUGAAAUCUGGCAUCAGUAUCAUACCAAAAACGCCGGAUGUCUGUGAUAACAUCGGAGCCUUGGACUUAUCCAACAAAAGCCCAGAAAGCUCCCCCAAACCAGCCACGACGGUCACAAAGACGGUUAACGGUCUAAACAUGGUGAUCACCAAUAGGAACCUGGGUACCUUGAAGCCUAACCCUGAGAAAACGACGAAUCUCAGCAACCUCCAGAUGCUGUCUAAGGUAGCGUCGGAGCAUCCCAUACUCAACAAGCUGCAACAGCAAGCUCAGAACAUAUCGAAAUCGCCAAGGCCAAACCUACCGAGUUUGCACUCGUUAAACGCCACCACCACGAUCCAGAGUUGCCCUUCGCCAAACCCUACCGCGUCGACCUCCAAAACCAACCUACCGAAGUUGCCGAAACUGACGGAAAUCACGAAGACGCAGUUUAAGAUCACCGGUGUCAAUAAUGUGCGGUCUCCCAGGCCUAAUCCGAACCUGAACAUAAGGAACAUACCGAAUCCGAGCCUGUUGAUCAGCAAGCAGACCCAAAACAGGCAGAUAAGCGUGGCGUCAAACGCGGAAAAAGAAAGUGUAAGUGCGCCAAGUUCUGCCAGUUCGACCACUAACGCUAUAGUUGAAAAACAAGAGAUACCGGUAUGAACUUAAUAAGUUGAAGUUCCUUUGAAUUUGGGCAUUGAGUCGAAUGGUCCCGUGGGUAUCCAGACUGUGUAUACCACGGACAAAAUAGAGAAUUUUUCGUUGGAUUUUUUUUCGUAUCAUCCUGUGUUUUAUUUAUACCGCGUAAGAUAUCUGUUGAAUAUAUUCCUCUAAUUGAUUUUUUUAAACACAUGAGUUCCUGACCAGUGAAGACUUAUUAUUGGUUUCUUUUGCAUAUUUUAUUGUAAUUGUUAUGAACGUUGUUUAUUUGUUUAUAUUUGAUUCAACCCUGUACCUAUACUGUAUAUAAAAUUUAUGUAGUUCUAGUUUCUAAUCGCGGCAAUUGUAAACUGAUUGUUUUAGGAUGGUUGCAUUGUUCCGUUCUUCGACCAAUUUGUAAAAAGAAGUUUUUAGUGAAAUACCGAGGGUUGUACAUAAGAGGAAUUGAAUUGAGUUUGAAUCUCUUCGCUCGAAUAUUAGUAUGAAUUUGUGCUAUGAAGUGACUGUUGUAAGUACCUUGCUGUCUGGUCGAGUUGAAUGUCUUUCGAUGCUCUCGUGAGCAUUCACUUGGCGGACCUUUUUUCUGAUAAGUGUUUCAUAGACUGCUCCAGUAUCUAUAUUUGAUUUUGUAGAAAUGUACUUAUAGUUCAACAGAGAUUAAUUUAUGGAAACUGUAGCGUACGACAUAUUGGUACGUGAUUUUUUCUGUAUAAUCAUGUUCAUGUCAAUGAUUAAAAAGUGAAGUUUUUAAA